AGCCCCCAGAGGAGCCUGGGAAAGGCCCGCUGCCUGCAGAGCCCACGGAGCCUGGGGGGGAGCCGAAGCCUGUCCCAACCGACCCGGCCUCUGCCAGAGAGGAUGCUGGGCUUUUCUGCUGGAAGAAGGGCUGCAGCCAAGGGUUCAAGACCUCCACUGCUCUCCAGGCACAUUUCAGUGAGGCCCACACCAAGCGGCCGCAGCUGCCCGUCUCUGACCGGCACGUGUACAAAUAUCGCUGCAAUCAAUGCAGCCUGGCCUUCAAAACGGUCGAGAAACUGCAGCUGCACUCCCAGUACCACGUGAUCCGCGCGGCUACCAUGUGCUGCCUUUGCCAGCGCAGCUUCCGCACUUUCCAAGCCCUCAAGAAGCACCUGGAGACGAGCCACCUGGACCUGAGCGAAGCCGACAUCCAGCAGCUGUACAGUGGGCUCCUCGUCAACGGAGACCUGCUCGCCAUGGGUGACCCCUCCCUGGCAGAAGACCACGCCCUCCUGGGAGAGGAAGACAAGGAGGAGGAAAGCGACUUGGAAGACAAGCAGAGCCCCGCGGGGAGCGACUCUGGGUCUGUGCAGGAGGACUCUGGUUCUGAGCCGAAGCGGGCGCUCCCGUUCCGGAAAGGCCCCAACUUCACGAUGGAGAAGUUCCUGGACCCGUCCCGUCCCUACAAGUGCACAGUUUGCAAAGAGUCCUUCACACAGAAGAACAUCCUUUUGGUCCAUUACAAUUCGGUGUCUCACCUGCACAAGCUGAAGCGAGCCCUCCAGGAGUCCACCACCGGCCAGCAAGAGCCCACCAGCAGCCCGGACAGUAAGCCCUUCAAGUGCAACACCUGCAGCGUGGCUUACAGCCAGAGCUCCACCCUGGAGAUCCAUAUGAGGUCCGUCUUGCACCAGACCAAAGCACGAGCGGCCAAGCUAGAAGCUGCUGGUGGGGGUGGGAGUGGUGGGGGCAUCCCCUUGGGUCCCUCCACCCCCAGCCCCCUCAGCACAACCAGCGCGCCCACCACGAUCACCAUGGCCAGCGUCAGCGCGGCCAGCACAGCUCCCGUCUCCAGCCUCCUCAGCCAGGUCUCCUGUGAGAACGCCGGGGUCCCUCCCCUGCACACACCCCUCAGCACCAGUAGCGCCCCGGCAGCUGCUUCGAGCCCUUCUGAGCCCAAAGAGGUCCACCGCAAGAAACUAGCUGACAUGAUUGCCUCCCGCCAGCAGCAGCAGCAGCAGCAAGCACACACCUUGGCGCAGGCCCAGGCGCAGGCCCAGGCCCAGCUCCAGCAAGAGCUGCAGCAGCAGGCUGCCCUUCUGCAGUCCCAGCUCUUCAACCCAGCCCUGCUGCCACACUUCCCCAUGACCACGGAGACCCUCCUGCAGCUCCAGCAGCAGCAGCAGCAGCAGCACCUCCUCUUCCCCUUCUACAUUCCCAGCGCGGAGUUCCAGCUGAACCCGGAGGUGAGCCUGCCCGUGACCAGCGGCACCCUGACGCUGACAGGGACGACGGGGCCCGGCCUCCUGGACGACUUGAAGGUGCAGCUCCCCCAGCCCAGCCACCCCCCGGGGCAGCUGCCCCCGCCCCACUGCAUCCUCCUGCAGCACAGCCAGCUGCCGGACAAGAAAGCCAAGUCCGCGGCGGCCAAGGAGAAGGAGAAGGACGGCCAGCGGGGGGAGCAGGAGCGCUCCGAGAAGGGGGAGGGCGGCCCCACCCCCCAGGACCUCCCUCCCCACCCCCCCAAGCCCAAGGACAAGCCCGACCUGGGAGCAGGGGCCCCCGCAGAACCCCCACUGCUCCCUCCCCCCCGCAUUGCAUCCGAUGCACGAGGGAAUGCCAGGAAGGCCCUGCUGGAGAACUUUGGCUUUGAGCUGGUCAUCCAGUACAACGAGAACAAGCAGAAGGUGCAGAAGAAGGCGGGUAGGCCGGAGCAGGGGGGCGGCGGCGUGGAGAAGCUGGAGUGCUCCUCCUGCAGCAAGCUCUUCUCCAACGUCCUCAUCCUAAAGAGCCACCAGGAGCACGUCCAUCAGCAUUACUUCCCCUUCAAGCAGCUGGAGACGUUUGCCAACCAACUGUCCAUGCCGAUGGAGCUGCCCCUCUUCUCCCCCCUCAUGAUGCAGACCCUGCCCCUGCAGACCCUGCCCGCCCAGCUGCCUCCCCAGCUGGGGCCCGUCGACCCCCUGCCCGCGGACCUGGCUCAGCUCUACCAGCACCAGCUGAACCCGGGCCUCCUGCAGCAGCAGCAGCAGCAGCAGAGCAAGAGGCCGCGCACGCGCAUCACGGAUGACCAGCUGCGGGUCCUGCGGCAGUAUUUUGACAUCAACAAUUCCCCCAGCGAGGAGCAGAUCAAGGAGAUGGCGGACAAGUCGGGCCUGCCCCAGAAGGUGAUCAAGCACUGGUUCAGGAACACGCUGUUCAAGGAGCGCCAGCGCAACAAGGACUCCCCCUACAACUUCAGCAACCCUCCCAUCACCAGCCUGGAGGACCUGAAGGUGGACUCCCGGCCGCCCUCGCCCGAGCCCCAGAAGCACGAGUACUGGGGGAGCAAGCGGUCCUCCAGGACCCGCUUCACGGACUACCAGCUCCGGGUCCUGCAGGACUUCUUCGACGCCAACAAGGACGACGAGUUGGAGCAGCUCUCCAGCCUGCUGAGCCUCCCGACCCGCGUGAUCGUGGUGUGGUUCCAGAAUGCCCGGCAGAAGGCCCGGAAGAACUACGAGAACCAAGGAGAAGGCAAAGACGGGGAGAGGCGGGAGCUCACCAACGACCGGUACAUCCGGACCAGCAACCUCAGCUACCAGUGCAAGAAGUGCAGCCUCGUCUUUCAGCGCAUCUUUGACCUCAUCAAACAUCAGAAGAAGCUGUGCUACAAGGACGAGGACGAAGAGGGGCAGGACGACAGCCAGAACGAGGACUCCAUGGACGCGGCAGAGCUCCUGACCCCGACCAGCUCCUCCUGCAGCACCCCGAUGCCUUCGCAGGCAUACAGCACCCCCACCUCUUCUGCCAACGCGGCCCCUUCCUCCUCCUCGGCUUUCCUGCCACAGAUGGCCUCCGAGGCAGAGGACUCUUCCUCUCUCUACACGUCUCAAGCAGAAGCCACAGAUGAGAAACCAAAGCAACCUGAACCUCCAAGUACGCAGCAGCAAAACCAAACCCCCGAGAAGCAAGUACAACCAAAGCAGGAGGUGCCUCAGCCGCAGCAGCCCGACGACCACGGCGAGCAGCAGGCUGGCCCCGCCCACCCCAAGCCCUCCCCGCCGGCCCCGCAGCUCCCGCCUCCCCCCUGCCUCCUCUCGCAGUCCAGCCCCAGCCCCUCCCAGCUCUCCCACCUGCCCCUCAAGCCCCUCCACACCGCCACGCCCCAGCCGCUCGCAAACUUGCCUCCGCAGCUGAUCCCCUACCAGUGUGACCAGUGCAAGCUGGCCUUCCCCUCCUUCGAGCACUGGCAGGAGCAUCAGCAGCUGCACUUCUUGAGUGCCCAGAGCCAGUUCAUCCACCCGCAGUUCCUGGACAGGGCCCUCGACAUGCCUUUCAUGCUCUUUGACCCCAGCAACCCCCUGCUGGCCAGCCAGCUCCUGUCUGGGACGCUCCCCCAGCUGCCCAUGAGCUCUGCCACUUCGCCCUCCACCCCGACGCCCACCCUGAGCACCCUGAAGCGGAAGCUGGAGGAGAAGGCCGGCGCGAGCCCUGGGGAGAAUGACAGCAGCACGGGCGGGGAGGAGCCACAGCGGGACAAGCGCCUCCGCACCACCAUCACCCCGGAGCAGCUGGAAGUCCUCUACCAGAAGUACCUGCUGGACUCCAACCCCACCCGCAAGAUGCUGGACCACAUUGCCCACGAGGUGGGCCUGAAGAAGCGCGUCGUGCAGGUCUGGUUCCAGAACACGCGGGCACGGGAGCGGAAGGGGCAGUUCAGGGCGGUGGGGCCGGCCCAAGCCCACCGGCGGUGCCCUUUCUGCCGGGCGCUCUUCAAGGCGAAAACAGCCCUCGAGGCACACAUCCGGUCCCGUCACUGGCAUGAGGCAAAGCGGGCGGGCUACAACCUGACCUUGUCGGCCAUGCUUUUGGACUGCGACGGAGGACUCCAAAUGAAGGCCGACAUCUUUGAGGGAACAGGCUUUUCCCACCUGCCCCCCAUCGCCAGCGACAGCCAGGCCCUCUCGCCCAUGAGCAAGUCUCUGGAGCUCUCACCUCACACGCUGCUCAGUCCAUCGUCCAUCAAGGUCGAAGGGAUGGAGGACUUUGAGAGCCCGUCCCUGUCAUCGGUCAACCUCAGCUUUGACCCAGCGAAGCUGGACAACGACGACUGCUCCUCUGUCAACACGGCCAUCACAGACACCACCACCGGUGACGAGGGCACCGCAGACAACGAGGGUGCCGCUGGGCUUGCCAUGGAUGCCAAAGGCCUCCCGGGCCCCAGUGAGGGUCUGACCAAGGCCGCCAUGAUGGCCAUGUCUGAGUACGAAGACCGGCUGUCCUCUGGCCUGGUCAGCCCGGCUCCCAGCUUCUACAGCAAGGACUAUGACAAUGAGGGCACCGUGGACUACAGUGAGACCUCCAGCCUGGCAGACCCGUGCUCCCCUAGCCCCGGCACCAGCGGCUCUGCAGGCAAGUCUGUGGACGGCGGGGACCGGCCGGGCCAGAAGCGCUUCCGCACACAGAUGACGAACCUCCAGCUGAAGGUCCUGAAGUCCUGCUUCAACGACUACAGGACGCCCACCAUGCUGGAGUGCGAGGUCCUGGGCAACGACAUCGGGCUGCCCAAGAGGGUGGUCCAGGUCUGGUUCCAGAAUGCCCGGGCCAAGGAGAAGAAGUCCAAGCUCAGCAUGGCCAAGCACUUUGGCAUCAACCAGACCAGCUACGAGGGGCCCAAGACUGAGUGCACUUUGUGUGGCAUCAAGUACAGCGCUCGCCUGUCUGUACGCGACCAUAUCUUCUCCCAGCAGCACAUCUCCAAAGUGAAGGACACCAUCGGAAGCCAGCUGGACAAAGAGAAAGAGUACUUUGACCCGGCCACUGUCCGCCAGCUGAUGGCUCAGCAGGAGCUGGACCGGAUCAAGAAGGCCAACGAGGUCCUCGGCCUGGCGGCGCAGCAGCAGGGCAUCUUUGACGGUCCCCCUCUGCAGUCCCUCGGCCUUCCUGCCGCCUACCCGGCCCUCCAGGGCAUCCCGCCGGUUCUGUUCCCGGGCCUCCACAGCCCCUCCCUGCCGGGCUCCAACACAGCUUUAACGUCUCCCAAGCCCAGCCUGAUGGGUCUGCCCAGCACAAGCGUCCCCUCGCCCGGCCUCCCCACCUCUGGAUUACCAAAUAAGCCGCCCUCUGCCUCCGUGAGCUCCCCCACGCCAGCACAAGCCACCACGGCAUCAGUCCCGCAGCAGCCGGGCCAGCCCACGCCUCGGAAGGACAAGGAGAGCGAGAAGGUGAAGGAGAAGGAGAAGAAGGCCCCCCAGGGGAAGGGGGAGUCUCUGCUGACCCCCCCCAAGAAGGACAGAGUGGAGGCGCCCGCCCCGGCCCUUUCCGCCGCGCUGCCUGCCCUGGAGUACUCGGUGGAGCCCGCCCAGCUCCAGGCCCUGCAGGCCGCUCUGAGUUCCGACCCCACCGCUUUGCUCACGAGCCAGUUCCUCCCCUACUUUGUCCCUGGGUUUUCUCCCUAUUACACCCCACAGAUCCCCGGAGCCUUGCAGAGCGGCUACCUGCAGCCCCUGUACGGCAUGGAAGGGCUGUUCCCCUACAGCCCGGCGCUGUCCCAGGCCUUGCUGGGCUUGUCCUCGGGCUCUCUGCUGCAGCAUUACCAGCAAUACCAACAGAGUGUGCAGGAAGCAGUGCAGAUGCAGCAGCAGCAGCAGCAGCGGCAGAGGCAAGUGCCCCAGCAGCAGCAGCAGCCGCCCCCGCCGCCCCCCAAAGGAAGCCAAACCCCAGUCCCCUCGGGGACGGCUACUCCGGAGAAAGACCCUGCCAAAGAACCCCCCCAGCAAGAAGAGCAGAAGAACGCCCCCCGCGAGGUGUCCCCCCACCUGCCCACACCCCGAGAAGAGCCCGAAGCAGAAGGCCACGGCACCGUGCCCGCCCUGUGGGACCCCUUCAUCGUCCCCAGGGUCCAGUACCAGCUGGUCUGCCGCAAGUGCCAGGCGGGCUUCAGCACCCAGGAGGCCGCCAGCGACCACCUGAAGUCCCUCCGCUGCUUCGGCCCGUCUGUGGUGAACCUGCAAGAGAUGGUGCUCCACGUGCCUGCUGGCGGCAGCGGCAAGGGCGGCGGCUCGUACCAGUGCGUGGCGUGCGAGAGCACGGUGUGCGGGGACGAAGCCCUCCGACAGCAUCUCGAGUCUGCCCCCCACAAACAUCGAACAAUCCCAAGAGCAGCAAGAAACGCCAAAGAGCACCCCAGUCUAUUACCUCACUCCGCCUGCCUCCCCGAUCCCAGCACCGCAUCUACCUCGCAGUCUGCCGCUCACUCAAAGGACAGCCCCUCCCCCCCGCCCCCCGCUUCCUCCUCCUCCUCCUCCUCUUCCUCCCACGCCUCCAGAAAGUCUUGGCCCCAAGGGGUCAGCCGGCCUCCCCCGCGGAAGCCGCCUCCGCCUCUCUCCUCAUCUUCAACGGUUACCUCAAGUUCAUGCAGCACCUCAGGGGUUCAGCCCUCGAUGCCAACAGAUGACUAUUUGGAGGAGUCUGACUCAGAUCUUAGCCAAAAGUCCGACGGACCGGCUAGCCUGGCGGAUAGGCCUGAAGAGCCGAGUUGCCCCAAGGACCGCGCUCUCGCUAGCCUAGAAAUGGACACUUUUCGAUUGUAAGCUUUGAAGAGGAACAAUUUAGAAAAAAUUAAAAAGUUAACAAACCAAUUUCAAAAAAAGACUAACUGCAAUUCCAAAGCUUCUAACCAAAAAAGAAAAAGAAGAAAAAAAAGAAAAGAAAUGAAAAGUGUGGGGUGUUUUCCCAUAUACCGAUGCCGGCAGGUUUCCCAUUGCUUUCUUUUGAAUGAAGCCCAUUGUCUUUUGGCUCCACUUUGUUGGUCUCGAAGGCACGAGAUUGA